UGGCAGGUAUAUAUCCCCAUCAUGGUCUCUACUCCAAGAAAAAACACAGAAGUGACUGUAACUGUUGUCGGUCAUGGCCAAAUCUCGGCCUCGUUGUCUUAUUUUCCAUGCGACAACCCCCCCCCUUCUCCCGCUGUCAAUCCGCUGACAGGCUUGUUCCAUAAAAAUAAAAAAUCUCCAAAAGAGAUAUCAAAGCUAUGCCGUGGUAACAAAAGAAAAGAUAAAAAGCAGAUUAAAAAAACAUAUAACGCUUCACAUCAUCAAAACAAAACAAAAAGCAAAUCAUACCACCUCAUACUUUCCCGCAACCCUUAAGCAGUGGAUUUUUUAGAACCCAUAACAUCGUCCACCAACCCCCUCCACAAAUCCUUAAUCAUCCCACUCCCCAUUUCAUCAUACUCCUGCUGCCCGCUCUGCUCCGGCUGCAUCUGAUACACAAACCUCAGCUCCACACCGUCCACAAACCCGCCCUCUGGCAGCGCGACACUGUCGGGGUUGGCAGCCACAAUCUUGACCUCCUUUGCGGCUUGUUCAGGCACGAAAUCCGACACCUCGGGGGCGAACAGACCGGAAGGGGGGCCAGAGAUGUUAUCCGGGAGGAGCGGGACGCGGAUGUUGCUGUAGGGGUCAAAGUUGGGGUCCAUGGCGAAGAGAUCUGGGAGGACGAGCGAGUCGACAGUGUGGUGCGCCGUGGCGGGGCGGGGGGCCGAGUGGUGGAAGGUUUGCAUGAAGCGGAAGGGAUGAGGUUGGCUGGUUUGGAGGGUGGUGAGGGUGGGGCGGGACGGGGAGGUGGAGGUUGAGUGGGCGCGGGUUGACUGGGAACCAUGUUAGAAUUGGUUGAGUAGAUAAGGGGAUGUGAUGGGAAAGAAAACAUACCUCUGCGUCUUCCUCCAGGACGGAAGGGGACGGUUUCCUUACUGACUUGGUGGCAGCACUGGUGGCGGAGAGGAGGUGACUUGGGCGGGAGACGGGGGAGGAUGUGCUGAGGGAGCGGGUGAAUUUGGAAAAGGUGGGAGCGAUUCUUGACGACAUUGUGGUGGUUGUGUGUGAUUUGGCUGCUGAAAUUCAAGCUGGUGAGAUGGCAAUGGCUUGUAGAUGACGAUGAUGGUGAAGCUUCGAGGGAGCUUGGAGUAGAUAGCAGUAGUCAAUGGCAAUGCAGGCAGGCAGGCAGGCAGGCAGGCAGAGCAAUGGACGAAGGAAACAAGACAGAUAGAUGAUGAUGAUGAGGAGGAGGAUGAGGAUGAACAAGAGCAGCACAAAAACCGGCGAGCAAUGGAUUGAUAAAGGGGAAACUGAGUCAAAGACCAGGGGCAGGCUGGGUAUAAGUCAGUAUUGCCAGAUCCCGGACCUCCGCAUAGGAAUAUGUGGAGGGGAGCUAUCGCCCAACCAGCAAGUCCCGGGCAACCCACCCCCCUCCCUCCGCCUUUUCUCCUCCUCCCAGCUCCCCUCUCCCCGCUUCCCGUGCCCUUUCUUUCUUUCUUUCCACUUUUACGGUGUUAACAGUUUCGGCCCACCGUCACGGGCAGCUGGCCAUGCGCGCAGGCGCAACCAAAGCAAGCAUCGAACGACGCUGGGGGAUACGGAGCAGGAGUACGAAAUACAGUCGGUAGUUCCCGGUUUCGAGCAGUCUGGGUGCACGAGUGAGCCGAGCAUGCGUCGAUUGAAUCGGAGCGUCUUCAAACUCUGUAACUAUUUCCCUCCCCGAGUCCCCAGGGCCCGAUUUCGCUUCCUCGUCAAGUUUCAGCAACAAAAAAGUUGUGAAGAGGUCCCCACUCCAAUCCCAACGGACCCGACUUCGCAGGGGUUCAAUCAUUCCAAAUGUCCCAAAUGCCCAAAUGUCGACGGGCUGGCUCGAACGCGACAGCGGCACAGCCAUCCAAUCCACCUUUUGUUGAGGGAGCUUGGGCUGCCCAGAGACCUGUGCGCUGUCCCGCCUGCAUGGAGGCGGUCAACUCUAACCUGACGCUCCCUUUCCCCUUGGGGCUUAGCUGCUGUUUGCCAACAAAAAUAAAAAUGUCGGGGCUGCAUUGCCCGAUUCCGUUCCUGGUCCAUCGCUCCACGGCGUUAAGCUGGAUUGUACCCUUCAUUCACCUGAGCACCGGUCGGGGUUUGUGUGGGAUUGCGAUCUCGUCUCCUUUUUUUUUCUUCUUUGAGCGUCACAUGAGCCCGUCAGGGAGAUUUCAUUCGGCCAGGAUGGCCUCUCCACAACGUGUCUGGGGAAACUCCUGGAGGUUGGAGACAAGCAACGGCAUCAGCAGGCAUUGCUCCUUGUCUCCUCUCCACCACGUGCCUGUGUCAUGUCUGGGGAAUUUAGCCAAGAAGGAAGAAAGGAACGGCGUCCGGGAGUUGCAAAGCCUUGAGAAGGUGAGGGUUGGGGUUGACUGUGCAGCAUGUCGGAUCCUUUCGGCAGAUAAGAUCUCUACCGGCCCUUCCGAGAUAACCGAAACCAACACACUUGAGCACAGCAACGACGACCUCGAAAACGGAGGUGCGGCGGGCACGAUGGUCUUCGGUAAAGAUGGCCCUUGACUCACAUGUACGGGGCAGGUCAUAGCCGGAACUGACCUGCACGUCAUGUCAUGCACGGUACAACCUCUUGUGCAGUACCUCGGCUAGUUGUAUUCUCCAGCAAACAGUUGUCUGUCGAACGGUUGGAGUCAUAUGGCAUUUCGUAGAUACCCACAUUGUGGUCUGGUUCCUUCUUUCACGUGCUGAUUCUGGCAUCUGACGUAGUGCCAGUGCAAGCUGUGAGUGUGUCACGGAUGGAUGCCUUCCUUCUUUCACGUAGGCAGUGGGAAGGGAAGCGACUUUGUGUUGUGCUUUCAGGGGCUUGGGAAGUUGCGAACGGGCACCUGAGGCCUGGUCAUCAUCAUGCCCUGCCUCCUCUAGCUCCUCUUCUCUCACCUGGGCUCUUCCAAUGAUGCUGCAACCAAUUACCAUCACCACCACUUACACCACGUAUCCAUACAACCAUAUCGAUUCCAAGCCCGUCCUCCGGCGCCUCAUCCCAAGAGAAGAUGGCCUCUCAACCGAAGCCGCUGAGAGGUGACUAGGACUGCCCGAUUACGGUUGACGACGUCGCCCCCGACCUGACAGACCCGCGAUUUCCCGGUUUCAUAAGGGGCUUGAGCUUCAGUUCUGAGGAAUCACCAAGUAAAAGGGGUUUGAAGCAUGGGAAGACGUUCAAGAAGGACAUUGUUGAGAAUAUUGAGCAUCAUACUUAUCAUGGCGGGCUUCCACCCACUGAUGUGGGAGACAUGGUGCAAAGAUGUCAUUCGGCAGUUGUCCUCCAACGAACUGCGUGGAAUUGCGGACGGCGCAGAGGUGACACUUGAGCAGGUCGUCAUGUUGAACGCACGCCACGAGCUGGCUGCUUGGGAGCGGGUAAUGCGGAAUGACGAGGUGGGAAGGCCGGGCUGCUUGCGACCUAUGGAGGAUUUCUUCAUCCUUAGCGAGGAUCCAAAGCCGACCGAAGACUGCAAUAUCUUGUCAGAGUAUGCGGAUACGAGUACCAGCGCGUACUUUUCGGACGCAGUGACCAACAACCAUCCCGUUGUCGCACAGUCCUGGAACAUGCCGUCAACCCGAACCGUCGAGGAGCCCGAGAAGCGGGACAGAGACGUGGUCGUGCCAAAAGACCAUGCUGUCAUCCUGCUCAAGGUCACCCCGUGUCGGCAAGAUGGCCCGGCCGCCGUGCCUCAUUUCAUCGUCACUAAGCCCGGCGUGCUCAUGAAGAGCGGCAUGAACCAGCACGGAUAUUCGGUAGUCGUGGACUCGGUCUUUUCAACGCGGGAUCGCGACCUCGCCCCGUCUGAUUUGCCAAUGACACUGCUUGCACGGAAAAUGCUCACGUCCUGCGUAUCCUUGGCCUGUACCACGAAUGUCCUGCAGAGAUAUCGAACUGGCUCAACCCACAGCCUUCUGCACGCCUGCCGUGGCCUUCGAUCACUAAACGACGACACCACAUCUGCGAGUAUCCUUGAGUUGCUGCCGCACACGCCGGAAGCCGGGUCCCUGAGGGGUCGUAGAGUCCUCCCUGACGCCAACCUCUCCUAUUGCUUGGUGCACACGAAUCACCUGAUCGCGCCGCAACUGGCCCCAUUUCAGCUUGAGGAGCUUGUAAAACGUGUGUCGUUGCCUGCUGGUCUAUUGGAGGUCGCGAAGCACUCGAAAAAGAACUUGCAGAGCAUGGCGCAGAUAGUGAGGCGGUACCUCGUGCAGUUGCUGACAAAGCGGUUUGUCAACUUUGUAUUCCGUGCAUGGGACUCUCCUGCUCGUUUCAACCGACUCCGACAGCUUAUCGAAUUUGGGAACCGUCCCAUCAAUCAAGAGAGUAUCCUGAAUAUCUUUUCCGAUCACAUUGGCGAAAUGUCGGUUUGCCAGCACACCAAGGCAGAUAUGUUCAAGGAACUCUCGGAGGUUUCGGGCGAGCUUGAUAAGCCAUGGUCGAGACCUCAAGGCAACCAUACGGCAUGCCUUGUUACCUACCAUUUGGAAGAGCUGAAGAUUACCGUCUCCACGGGGCCGCCGUGCCAUGGCAAUUAUUUGGUUUUUCAGCUGCUGGACCCGUCACAUCUGGACGAGGUGCCAACGGUGGCCGCGGCUGUACCCGAAGACAGGAAAUUCAAAUGGCCUCAAAAGCCCAAGCAGACCAAACCACCUCAAAAGCGCCAUCUACUUUCAGCAGUGGACCCGCCAAUACUCAGCAAGCGUCUGAUACUUGGGGAAGCCUCUAACCCGAAUACUCAGUUCAAGCUAACUUGUGCCUCUUGGUGGGGUGUGCGUCGCAUGUCUCUUCAGAGGCAGAGGGCUCUGCGCGGCCGUAAGAGGGCGGCCGCCAUCUGCAGCGCGUGGAAUGACGAAUGGGAAAGACAGGGCGAAGUUCGGGUUCGGCCUGAGCGCCCGGUGUUUGGGCCCGAGACCAAAGCAUGUUAUGAGGAGAGGAAGCGCCGAUUUGAGCAAGAAUACAGAAGACUGUGUGGUUUUUGGCUGCUGAAAGCGAGGUGGCAAACCCCGGGCCACCCGGACGACAAGAUUGUAGGCGACCGCAGCUGGCCCGACCACGAAGUCAUUGGCACGCCGCCGCGAGCAGAGGGGGCAGAAAAAAGCCGUAGCUCACGGACCGAUGAAGAAGAAGCCGAGAUGGUCAAUCAUUUUGUGGAAACCAGAGCUCGCUUUUUCGACUCGGCCGCUGCCAGAUUCGGGACCAUGAACUGGGAUCGGUGGAAGUUGGCAAACGGGCUGAUGCCCAGGGGCUCUUCGAUGCUGCGGAACGUGGAAACGUGGACGGACAUUGACAAUGACGUUCUCGAGACCACGGUUGUUGUGCGAAACAACCACUGUCUCCUCAACGGGACAGAUUACGCAGCUGAGCGGGCUUUUGCCGUCAGGUAUGACGAGAGAACGGGGCACAGGCACUACAUGAGGUGGGGACUCAAAUGGCUGCGCGACAUUGCACCGCCUCGUGUGAUUGAUGAGAGGGACACGCAGCGCGCAAAGUUUCUGGCGAGGAAGAGAAAGCAUCAGAUACGGUGGCAGGAGAAGCAGGAACCGCCGAAGAGGGCAAGAGCGCGGAGGGAGAGAUUGGAAAAAGAAGCGGCGGUGGAGAAGGCGAGGGAGGAGGGGAAGGAGAGGGUGAGGAAGCAGGCGAUGUACCAGGAGAGAUGGAAAGAAAAAGCAGAGGAGAAAAAGAGGAGGGAAGAAGAGGCGAAGAGGUAUCCCCCCUGGACGACUGUUUCUGUCGGGAGGAAGGAUAAAAAGCGGGUGAGAAAGAGGACGGUGAAGUACAGCAAGUGA